GACCUUUAUAUCCGAGUUACUUUGGGCAAGCAGCAGUUCAGAACACACAAAAUCAUCAACACGUUCCACGAAUCACUACAUGAGCGCUUUGAAUUCUUUGUAGCUGGAAGGGAUGAAGAGGAUGGUAUCACCUACCAGCCGGUGCUGCUCUUGACAGUGUCAGUCAAGGAGUUGCUGGGAGAGGAGUUCAAGAAGCCGCACUGGAAGGACAUUGCGGAUAUCACGAAUGCACGUAUGCUGUUGAGAAGUGCUUAUGCACCCUUCAGAGAGCCUCUUGCGACCCUCUCCUCUCAAUACAGCCCUAGUAAAGAAUUCAUCGGCGGAAGGUCGGACUGGAUUCCGGAAUCUUCCAAAGCAUUCCGUACGCAGAUAGAGAAGAAACGUGCUGUGCGGCUGGGGGCAGCUCCUGUGCAGCUAGCAAAGGAGAUUGAGGAGGAUCGCUACUUAUGGAAGGAGCUGCUUCCAAGGAGACAGUACAAAGCCUUGGUAUGGGUGACCAUUCAUGGAGCUGAGAAUUUGAUGCCCAAAAUCAUCGGUACGCGAGACCCUUACGUGAAGAUACAACUCGGAAAUCAAGUAGAGAAGACGACCCCAAAACUCAACUCUAUGAAUCCGCGAUGGGAAGAAACAUUUGCAAUGUUUGCCAGUGACGUGCUUAACGAGGAAGUUGUCCUGACGGUCCAUCAGGAUGAUGUUUCUCGCGGCUAUCAUGUUAGAGAUGAUGAGAUCGGGACUUAUUCUUUCAGCUUAAAACAGUUACAAUCCAUGCAAGACAGUCGAUGGACAGGAAAAGUGUCGUUGAAACAGAUCAGGACUGGCAUUGUGCACGCUACCCUUAGAAUGGAAACGCUCACCUGCGCGGUAAACACAGGUAUUCAACGAGAGAACUCAGGACUCGAUGACAAGGAUCUCCUGGGAGGGCUGGCCAGCCCGAUCCUCAUAUCUCAACCCAUUAAGAACAUCAAGGGCAUUGUCCAGAUCAAAGUGCUGAAAGCCAAGUGCUCGUUGCUCCCCGGGAACGAGCAGAAGACGCUGCACCCAUUCAUCCAGCUGAAGCUGAACAACCAGGUUGUUGACCCACAAGUCUGCAAGCCAUCUGACGAGUGGUCCCUUCAGAGUGCUGAAACUCGUGUGGUCCGCGGGACUUACGAACCGCAGUUCAAUGAGUAUUUUGAAUUCAUGGUCCGAGAUCCUUUUCUGGACAAGUUGGAGCUUGUCCUGCAGAGCAAAGACGGAUUCUUCGGCGACAAGGUGGGGGGAUGUAAGCUUCAGCUGUAUGACGUCUUGGUGGGCAAGUACGUCAAGAAAUGGGUAGAUCUCAAGUCAGAGUCCAAGACCAAGUACCUCGCCUCUCUGUUUGUAGAGACCAAACUUGCUAUGAUAGAGUGGGAGGGCCAGGAGCCGAAAGCUACUGCACAUUUCAACCAGCACAUCGCAGAGUUGGAGGCCAAGAGGAGGAUGGAAGAGGCCAACGCCGACAAGCUCUACGGUAACAUCGCUAGCGUGGACGAGGAGGACAGCGAGUGGGCGCUCCUUGUCGACCUGUCCAAGAAGGAAUCCGAAGGGCCCCCGGAUGCGGCCGCGCCCAACUUCUUGUUUCAGCUGCCAGUCCCACCUGUCAUGGAGGAUGGGAGUUCGCCUGACCUCGAAAGUGCCCAGCAGGAAACUUCUGCCGUUGCAGCGAUGGAAGUGACAGAGAAGGAUAAAGAUGCGUGA